AUGAAGAAGAGACGAUCUUCGUAUGAUCCAAGCGAGUACCAGCGCGCCGUUUACGGUACUGAUGAGACAACGACUGUUUCUGACGAAGAUGAUGGGGAAGAAAAACAUGAGAGAGAGAUUGAAGGUGAAGAAGAAGAAGAAGAAGAAGAAGAAGAAGAAGAAGAAGAAGAAGAAGAAGAAGAAGAAGAAGAAGAAGAAGAAGAAGAGAGAGACCAGGCGCAUAAACAACUCCUCCAGGAACAACUACGCCACGUCCGCCCCACCGCCACUUCCAAAUCUGUCCGCAGACAUACCCACGCCGUUCCAUCUGUACCCUAUCCCGAACCGGGCGGCGCGAGAAGCAUUGCGCUCGAUGCUGCACGCACAUCGAAUGACACACUAGACAAGACUAAAAGGCUGUUGGCUACAAAGCCUGACAGCGAGAUCAAGAGGAAGAAGCUCGCGACUAUAGCGCAGACAAGAGCGAAGAACAACGCGAUUUUAGCAAAGGCUCAGGUGGAAGGAUAUAGGCAGGAACAAAGAGAGGAAACCACAAGAGCAACGGCUGCUAGACCGAGGAUGCCAAUGGAUCGGGCACCUAUCGCCAGAACCGCAAAUGCAAACACAGGUCUCACAUGCGUGGAAGAUGGAGAUGAGAGCUCGAGCGAACAAGUGUCAACAACGCAGCAGGAAUUAAAUAAAGACGUGGAAAGCGACUGGAGGACUACUAAAGAGCAAUACCACAGCUCACCCGCAACGCCACAACGCCAUCUCUCCACCGUCCACCAAGAACCCACCAGUAGUAGCACCAACAACACCUCCAAGCUGCCUAGCAACCGCAUGUUCUCCCACCCGACCGCCUGGCCGACUUUAUCCCCGUCUCAAAAAUGGUUUACAGAUCCUAACCUCCACGCUCGCCAACUCCACUCCGAUCCCCAACUCAUCCUUGCCCAGCUCCCCAACGAACCUGCCUACGCUUUCCGCGACACAGAACUGCGCGACGCAAUCUGGGCGCUCAUGCACAGGAUCGAAGAUCUUGCCAGGACGUUUUUCCCGCAGCAGCAGCAGCGGCGUGGCGCGCACGCUUCGUCCCCUUUUGGAGACGGCGACGACGGCGGCAAUAACAAUGGGGAUGAUAGGGUGGAGGUGGUGCCAGAUGAAAGCUUUUAUUCGGGACUGAGUCCGGAUACGGCGAGGGUGAUUGCCUGUGUAGCGUCCGGUGGACCGGGUGGUGUGUCUGGGUGGCAUGAUGUAUUCGUGAACAGGGAGAAGAUGCAGGCGCUUGUGUGCGGAAUCAUUGGUAAUGUGGUUUCGGAGCAAGUUCUGCAGCAUGGAUUUUUCGGGGGCACAGAGGAAGGCGUGCAGCAAGUAAGGGAGGUUGAGAAGGAUAUGAGGGAUUCUGAUGGAUUCGAUCGUAAGAUCAAGUACGCAGCUGUUAUCCGAUCGCACCUACCAACGCCGACUGCCUUACCAGCCAAUUUUAAUGCCCACGUCAAUAUCAUCGUUGGCGCGCUGUAUACGCAUCUCUCGCCCCUCCUGGCCCUCGUUACUCCAGACAACACACCAAUGCUACCAACCCUCUUCCCGCACCUCCAGACCCUCGUCAUCAGCGCCGGUCUCCUGAGUCUACACAUGUCCCUCUCCCCUCACACGAUCUACCACCACGUCCCGCUUUUCAAAGAAGACACAUUAAGUGAAACCGAGAAACGUCGAGCAGGCGGCGAUGUCCCUCUGGUACAAAUUGUGUGUAUGGAGGGCAUCACUGCGUAUAGGCGAGGGGGCUGGGAGAAGAACAAGACCAGCAGAAACGAGAACCCGGUUUUCGAAAAGAGCGAGUAUCGAAACAUGGGUAUACGCGCGCGUAUCCUAACCCACGGCUGGACAUAUUGUCGCUGGGGUCGUGCGCGUAGCAGUAGUGACAGUACGCAGAACCCAGCUUGCCGAGACAAUGAAGAUACUGGUCGGAAGAUCCACGGUGAUGUGUGGAGGGACGGCGGCUUUGUAAACUUUUCCGAUGUUGAAGGGGUGGUGGAUUGGCUAGGGUAUGGAGAAGGAGAAGAAGAGGUUGAUGAGAAUUAA